AUGGGAACCUUCAACCUAUGGACGGAUUACCUGGGUUUGGCACGCCUGGUCGGGGCUCUGCGUGGGGAAGGGGAGCCUGAGACCAGGCUGGACCCCCAGCCACAGCCAGCUCCAGGGCCAGGGGGUCAGAGGCCCAGCCCGGAAUCUUCAGCAGCUCCUGAACGCCUGUGCUCUUUCUGCAAACACAACGGAGAGUCCCGGGCCAUCUACCAGUCCCACGUGCUCAAGGACGAGGCCGGCCGGGUGCUGUGUCCCAUCCUUCGUGACUACGUGUGCCCUCAGUGCGGCGCUACGCGUGAGCGUGCCCACACCCGUCGUUUCUGCCCGCUCACUGGCCAGGGCUACACCUCCGUCUACAGCUAUACCACCCGCAACUCAGCUGGCAAGAGGGUAUCCCGGCCUGAUAAGGCGAGGAUGCAGGACUCGGGGCAUCGCAGAGGAGGAGCAGCAGGCGCGGGAGCAGCGGGCGCGGUAGCAGCGGCGGCAGCCUGUGCAGGUUCCAAAGGUGCUGGGAAGUCUUCUGGACCUUCACCCUCUUCCUGCUGUCCCUCCACUUCUGCCUAGGAGACUGGUGCAGGGAGGAUGGAGAUGCUGCCUUCCCCUGGGUGUGGGGACCCAAGCUCGAUGGAAGAUGUAUUUUGGGGAAGGUCCACUUUGCAAGGACCUGCCCCUGGGCCCUUCCCCCAGCCUGGAGGCCUGGCUAAGAGAGCAGGGCCUGGGAGCACAGCUGAAAGAGCCCCCCCAUGAGGAAGGAGGUGGCUGUCGGUCACCCUGGCCCUCCCUCCCCAGCACUGGCCACCCACUCAGCACUCAAUAAAUGCUUAUG